ACUGAGUGAAAAAUAAAGUCUUCUUCGAUUUAAUUUUCAGUCGGCAAAUAGAGAUUUUAUGUAAUUUACGAAUUAAUAACCCAUUUCGUUAAAAGAUGUUUCGGAUUAUCAAUAAUAUUACGCAGUUGUACGUAAACAAUUCUUUGAAACGAAUAUUACAACAAGAAAGUGGUAUCGUAAUGGUAAUUCAAGCAAGCAGAAAUUUAUCAAACAGAGUUGAUAAUGACAAGUUUUCAUUAAAGCAUGAAGAAAUUGGUCGUCCACUUUACUUUGACGCUCAAGCAACAACUCCUAUGGAUCCCAGAGUACUUGAUGCAAUGUUACCAUAUUUAGUAAGUUACCAUGGAAAUCCACAUUCUCGAACACACACUUAUGGAUGGGAAAGUGAAUCGGCUGUAGAGAAAGCAAGAGAACAAGUGGCAAAUUUAAUAGGAGCUGAUCCUAAAGAAAUCAUAUUUACAUCAGGAGCCACAGAGUCUAAUAAUAUAUCUGUCAAAGGAGUGGCACAUUUUUAUGCACCAAGAAAAAAGCACAUUGUUACUACACAGAUUGAACAUAAAUGUGUCCUUGAUUCAUGUCGUGCAUUGGAGGGUGAAGGUUUCAAAAUAACCUAUCUACCAGUCGGACCAAAUGGAAUAAUAAAUCUACAGCAAUUAGAAGAGGCCUUAACACCUGAAACAAGUCUUGUAUCAAUUAUGACUGUUAAUAAUGAAAUAGGUGUAAAACAGCCAAUAGCUGAUAUUGGAGCUAUAUGCAAAAGCAAAAAAGUAUUCUUUCAUACUGACGCAGCUCAGGCACUUGGCAAAAUACCUCUUGAUGUCAAUAAAAUGAAUAUAGAUCUUAUGUCAAUAUCUGGUCACAAAAUUUACGGCCCUAAAGGAGUGGGUGCAUUAUUCAUCAGACGCCGACCCAGGGUACGUGUUGAACCCUUACAAAGUGGAGGCGGUCAGGAGAGAGGAAUGAGAAGCGGAACUGUACCCACUCCAUUGGUAGUAGGAUUAGGUGCGGCUUGUGAAUUAGCACAACGAGAAAUGAAAUAUGACCAUGCUUGGAUGGAGAAAUUGUCUCAAAGGUUUCUAGAUAAGAUUUACUCCAAACUGUCCCAUGUAAUCAGAAAUGGUGACUCCGAACUAACUUAUCCUGGAUGUGUAAAUUUGUCAUUUGCUUAUGUUGAAGGUGAAUCAUUGUUAAUGGCAUUAAAGGAUGUUGCGUUGUCAAGUGGCUCUGCAUGUACUUCUGCGUCCCUGGAGCCCUCCUAUGUGCUCAGAGCCAUCGGCACUGAUGAGGACUUAGCACACAGCUCAAUUAGGUUUGGUUUAGGCAGGUUUACAACUAUGGAGGAGGUGGAGUACACGGCGGAGAAGACAAUACGUCAUGUGGAGAGACUUCGCGAAAUGAGUCCGCUCUGGGAAAUGGUGCAAGAGGGUGUUGAUAUUAAAACCAUCAAAUGGUCACAGCAUUAAAUAUUUUAUAUCUACUACUAGAUGUAUGUAUAAACGGACGUUUUUUUCUUUGUAGAAAGUUGUAUUUUCG